AAGUAGAAAAAUGUCGGCUUGUUGAUUUUCAGUUUGGUUCAGAAUUCCGGUGUUUGAUGUUAGUUUAACCGAAAAAUAAGGAAAAUUUCAGACCAAAAUGUUCUUCUCAGCCAACAUUAGUGUCGAAGCUCCAAUUGAAAACCAAAUUCAAGAGAUUGCCUACGAUGGAACCGAAAUAUAUCAGCUUCCACCGACCCUUUCGGAGCAUUUGGCAAAAUGUGCAGCGAAAAUUGAUUUCAGCAAAACUGCUAACGAUAUUGACUUGGUGCAACAAAGUAUAAAGAAAGAGGACGAAAAGAAGGACGACGAAUCGAAAGAUCCGACGGCUCACUUCCAGUCCAGCCUGUGGCCGUGGGAUUCCGUGCGGAACAAAUUGAAGGAAGCCUACACGGAAGUGUGCGUUUUGUCGGAUGUACUCGCGAUCGCGAAAGAAAAGCGAUUUAUGGUACUAGAUCCGAUCCCGCAGGAUCCUCCAGAGGUUAAACCAAUGGUACAGGUCUAUGCAAGAAAAAAAGCUUUGGCAAGCGCGGCCAACAUUUUGUUGACCGGAGCAGAAAGACUAAAGACUGCCCACACCGAUCAGGGAGGAACUCGCAAUACACCGGACUUCCAUAUAGAGCUGCUAAGACUUCGGAGGAAUUGGCGAUUGAAAAAAGUAUCGAAUACUAUUAUCGGGGACUUGAGUUAUCGCACAGCAGGUUCAAAGUUUAUGCAUCCAGGAAUGUUUGAAGUGACAAAGGCAGAAGAUGAGGAAACGAGCGAAGAUGGCGCUAGCGGAACGACAUCCGCUAGUGCCGGCCCAUCUGGUCCUAAAAUCAAUUCAGCGUUGAGAGUAAAUGUGCCAACGGAACUUCAAGGUGUUGCGUUUAUUAAAGUUAUUACACAGAAAGAUCAAGAAGAUUUAUGUACGGCAACCGUUAACAUGAUGGGAUCUACACAGCAAUGCACUCUGGCAGGAGCAUGGCAACAAACGUUGGAAUUUGCGCAAAAUGUUCUGUUUUGUAAAGAAUUAUUCAAUCAACUGGCAAGAGAAGCGGUGCAAUUGCAAGCACCGAUUCCCCACGUCGUCGUUGGUAAUCAGAUCCGAGCAACAUUGCUCCCAGGAAUUCAACUAAUAAUUUCACUCUGUCAUUCGACAUCUUCCGACUCGAACAACAGCUCGGAACCCAUUAAGGACCACGAUCAUGUAUUGGAACAUUCUCUCCACCAACUGCUUCGAGAGUUUCAUCAUAAACAUACUCAUCAUCCGUUUCCACAUCCGGCCAGUGCACCCCUUGGUCCGAGCAAAAAACGAAUGCUCGCAGGGCCUUCCGCUUUUGAUCGCUACGAGUUACUGGAAAUGACCAAGUCCCAAACUCUUUUGGAGCAAAUUAUCGCUCAGGCUCAGCACAUUUUUACCCGACGUCGUGCCCAAUACGUAUUGGAUACUCUGGCUAAGGACGUUAAGGACCCCCAAAUCACUUCUCACUGGAAUGCAAUGAACAGUCCCACAAUGUCCUGUGUAAAAAUCAAUAUCACUUCACAUGGCUAUGAUGCCAAUUUGCGAACCUCUCUCGUUAUUCAUGUGAAAGAACGCUCACUAAAAUGCAUCUGCCGGGAUGGUCGCAUAAUGCACAUGUCCUACGAAAUGCAAGAAUUGCGUGAUUUAAUUCUCUGUCAAAUAAGCCAACAUCAAAUCAUUUGUCUGCAAAGUUUGGCCAAGUGUAUGGCGUGGCAGAUUCUGUCCAACAGUAGCCACUUGGGGAUUGGUUCGGUGGAACCGCUGGGAAAUGCCAGUUCCUGCGUACUGGCUUCCCCCAACAGUGAUCGGUUGAUUGCGGUACAGGUUCGGUGCGAUCCGCAGAUCGAUGUCAAGGUUUACAUUGCCCAGAGCCCUGGGAAGGAUUUCUUCCCCGGAACGCUAGUACAGGGCCGUCACUGGGAGCAUCUCGGGGGACACUUUAAGGAGGUCCGCUUCGACAAGAUGGAAGGUAAAAACUUCCACAACAAGAUGGAAUUCCUGAUGGCGAGUCUGACGAGUCAAUCAUAACCACUACUGGAGAAACUGUUCCUAGAUGUUGACACGGGCAGAGAGAGUAGCAACCAGCACCAACCAGAUUUGGGACAAUUUUCCCUCGACCUCAGCACCCGAAUGGACUGAGGGGUAAUUUUAAGCAUUCGGUUAUAGCAAUCAGAUAAUAUUUAAAUGUUUCCGAUUGAUUACGAUUAGACUAGUAGUAAAGAUAUGUUCACUGUAUCUCGUAAAUCAGAAACAAGA